GUCCAGUUAAUCUAUGAUGUAUGUCGCAUUAUUUGUUUUAUUUUUAUUUAACGAAUUAUCUAACCCAAAUAAACAUAGCGAACCUGAAGUCACUGACAGUUAUUUUUAAUUAACUGAACUGAUACAAAAAUGGCCAGAAAUGCAGAGAAAGCCAUGACAACGCUGGCUCGUUGGAGAGCAGCACAAGUUGGCGACAAUGCCAAGGAAAAGGAGAGAAGACCAUACCUUGCAUCAGAAUGCUUGGAAUUGCCAAAAGCAGAAAAAUGGAGAAUGCAAAUAAUUCGAGAGAUAGCCAAAAAAGUCGCCCAAAUACAAAAUGCUGGUCUGGGAGAGUUCAGGAUUCGCGAUCUGAAUGAUGAAAUAAACAAGUUGCUGAGAGAAAAGGGCCACUGGGAAGCGCAGAUUCGUGAGUUGGGUGGCCCAGACUAUGCCAAAGUCGGUCCUCGGAUGUUGGAUCACGAGGGGAAAGAAGUCCCGGGAAACCGCGGCUAUAAGUAUUUCGGAGCAGCCAAAGAUCUUCCAGGUGUGCGGGAAUUAUUUGAACAGGAACCACCCCCUCCCCCCAGAAAAACACGGGCAGAGUUAAUGAAGGACAUAGACGCAGAUUACUACGGCUACAGAGAUGAUGAUGACGGCAUAUUGCUGCCUUUGGAACAAAAUGAAGAAAGGAGAGCGAUAGCAGAGGCUGUCACAGAGUGGAAAAGGAAAAAAGAAAUGUCACUACAUGGGGAGGUCGACGAACAAAAGGCAGAUGAAGAAGAAAACAUUUAUGCAGUAUCUGCUGAUGUUGAUUCUGACGACGAGCAGCAAACAAGAGAAGACCCUCUACAGCAGAGAUUCAUCGCUCAUGUUCCUGUUCCGUCUCAGCGUGAAGUGGAGGAAGCGUUACUGUGGCGCAAGAAACAAGAACUGUUAGAGAAGUAUGCCAGUGAAUCGUUAAGGCAUGAAACAGAGGAGGCCAAGAACUUGCUUGGCAUGAACAGUUGAGGGAGUUGGCAGAUUAAUGCAAGAAACAUUUUGUUUCAUUGUUAUUUGUUUUGUGGAAGAUGAUGAUGCAAGCCAGCACUGGCGAAUACUGUGCUAAAGAGACAUUAACUCGUCAUUCUUUAAGUACCGACUCUGUUUUGUACCAUCAGUCAGUAUAAUUACACUACAAAUAUUUUUUUUAAAAACUAACUUUUUUAAUGGCAGGUGCUGCUUUUAAGCCUGAAUUUAAAGCUCACCAAAAAAUUUUUUUCAUUCCACGUGUAUUAAACAUAAAUGUUUUGCAAGUUUAUAGUACAGACUAUAGUUACUACCAAGCUGAUUUAAAUGAAAUUCAUUCAAGUGUGUGUCAAAUGUACUAACAAUUUUGCUAACAAAAAUAAAUAAUUUUACAGAUAUGGGAAUAAAAAUGAAUUCAUAAAAAAAUUAAUCAUGAAGAUGGAGGGAAGCCAUGCAUUCAUACUUUUAAAAAUUUUGCUAGUGGAAUAAGUUGUGGCAGAAGUGCCAAAUCAAUUACAUAGCUUUGGCUUUGAGACAUUGAGAGAGAAUUCCUUCCGUUGUUUAUUGGAUUGUCAGGAGAGAAGUGGGGUAGCUGAAGCAAGUAUUUUAUAUCAAAAUUGUGUUUGUUGCCCAAAUUUCAUAGAUGGAAUACUUUGUGCAUUCCAGCCAACUUUCGCAAUAUUGCUUGCAAAUAAAAGCCACUUUAUUCAUUGCGGAGAGGAGAACAUUGCUACGAAUGAAAAGGUAUGGUAAGUUUGCAUUUCUUAUUUUUUUACCUGAUGUUUAAAACUUAAAAACACAUAAUGUAGGCACAUAAUAGUCUCUUGAGGACCACUUCAGGGCCUUGAAGGGUUCGUGUCUCCAUCCUUCGGGAGUCAGUUGAACAGAGCUGUUUUUGUAGCCGGCGACUAACCAACAGCAGUGCACAAGUAGAGUGUACUUGGACCAAAGAUGAGAGGUGGUGUGUGGUCAAAGCACCUAACCAUUGGCUCAAAACUUGAUGGCACCGAUUUAUUCACUCAUUACUAGGUCUUCAGUGCUUGCUGUUUUUCAGUCUCUUAGGUGGGUUUUUCCAGGAGCUUAACCACUCACAUUAUAAAAGAUUAUUUUUAUUUAUAGAAACUUUAAAUAAAACAUCCAACAAAAACUAAUUUCCUCUCCCAUUUUAAAAUCCUGUGUACAGGCCAUGAAAUAAGGCUGAAGAAGAAUCAUGUGGCUGUACAGAUUCAGCAGCCAGACCUAGUGUGAUCAGAAGAGAAUAGUACAUAAAAGUGCAAGCAGGCUCAUAUAACCUCCCACUACGUAUUGAGCUUGUGGGGUCUUCCAGUUUGGUGGUGUACCCUUACUAAAUACACCACCAGCAUAAGAGAGGCUGAAGUGGUGGUGGCUGGCAUUGUUUCUUAAGGGAAAAUAACGAGACAACUUGUGUGGGCAUCAUAUUGAAUUCAUCAAUUAACUUAACAUACAUACUCAUAUUAUCUAAAAAUAAACAACAACCAUACCAUAUGUACAAAAAAAAGUGAGGUGCAUUUAUUCAUUUAAAUUAUGUACACAGUUGUCACUACAACAGUAGUCAGUUGUUCGUAUGAAUCUCUUGGUGUUUGUUUAAUAAUGGCAAUUGCAGCAGGAACCAAUUUGAUGUUUAUAAUAUCAUUUCUGACUUGUCCAAGAUUUCUAUAAUCGUGUGGAGUGCAUCAAAAUAUUUUCUUGAUGAUGAAUCCACUUCUUUGAAAGCUACUUCGUAUGGCAGUUUGAAAAAAUUUUUGGACAAAAUUUCAGGUAAGUCAAGUUUAUAUUGUUUCCUGCAGUCUACCUUCCCUCUCAAGUGUUUAUCCUAGAAGAAAAAAUAAAACAAGAUCAUUAAUGUACACUCAAGAUACACUCUGGAACACCACAAUAUUGCAUUAUUCAGAUUCUGGAACUUUCAACUUAUUAGAAAUAUAUUCUGUCUGAGCAGUCUUUUUUAUGAAUAAUUUUUUUUUCUUUGAUCAUAUGCUGCACUGGAUUUCAGCAUUUAGUCUAGACUUUCUUACCUUACCUAAUGUUCAUAAGUUACUAUUCUAUUUCUACCAGGUUUUGUAGUUUUGAAUGUUUAUUUUUUUUUAUAUACCUACAGAAGAAUUCAUCUUUAUCUUUUAUUCAUGUUUGUGGGAUAUGUCCCUUAUCACUUAAAGCUUCAACUAAAAAAAGUUACAUUCAUAAGUUUGACAAAAUUCACCAUUUAUUAUUAUAUUUGGUUCAAAUUAGUUGACAUAGUCAAGAAUAACUUUAAAAAUAUAAAAUUUAAUCAAAGCGAUAUAUAUAGAGAUUAAGUACAGGUCGGAAACUACUUGUAGCUAAACAACAUAAAACAUUAUUCCCUUCAGUAGUAAAAUGGGGAAGAGCACCCUUUAUUUUUUUGCAGUAAAUUUAUAAAAAAAAAAAAAUUGUUUUCGUUUUUAGUGUAAUAUUUUUAACAAGUACACCGAAAUUAUCAAAAACAUUAGUUGAAACAAACAAACCAUAUUUUGCAAAUUUUGGAUAAGUAGGCAACAUGCACUACAUACAAUAUGCUGCAGUGGUAGUGUAUUCAGCGGGCAGAAAUGCAAUUUGGUGGCAUAGUAAAAAUAUACCAUUUUAUAUUUGUGUUAAAUGUUUUUCAUGAAAAUAUUACUAACCACUACUAAUGACAAUCCAGGCAUUGCAUUGCCACAACAUAUGCAGUAGGGAUUUCUUGUGGCCCUACCAAAAAAUUCAAUGUUUGUCACAUUAGGUGAUUGUGCAGGCCUUAGCACAAGGCCUCUGCUGUCAAUCCAGCGAGCAAGUGUAUGGAUUCACCAUCAUGAAGCAGCAGAUACCAUGAUGAAUAUUGGGUGGAAUGCCUUUUAAUAAUUUGAGUAGUAGUCUUCUAGAGAAAUUAUUGUAAAAUCUAGUGCAAGCAAACUAUCACCAACCACACUUCAGCACAUGCUGCCAACAUUGGAAAUUCCUUCAAACAUGAAAGUGGGUUCAUCAGUGUUCCUCACAACUGAUGUAUUUAUGUUUAUUAACGACAGUGCCUACUUGUUGCAAAAACUCAUUCUGUCUUUUGUAUGCUGUGCGUGCCACAUUCUUGAGUGCAAUUCAAAUUUAGCAUCUGACACUUAUAUACACCCAUUUCUCAUAACUGGCUUACCUUACAACUAUCUGUUAAAAAAUUAAAAAUGUGAAUUUAGAGUUAACCUCCAUUAUUACUGACUGGUGAUGAAAAAUUGCCAACCACGUUUUAACAAGUGUAUCUUAGGUCUAAGAAACAUUUACGAAUUUGCUGCAUACCUGCAAGAAGUUUUCAAUAUUUAUUUUAAAGGGUGUUUAAAAAUUCUGGUUUUUUACUCCUAAGUAAUAACUUUAGAGGAAAAGUCAUAAAUAUUAUGUUUUGUCUAAAUUUUCUUACGAGGAAUCACCUAAAGUAUUUGUAGGUUGUAUUCUAGAUCCUUCCCCUCCACAUGCAUUAUUCCCUUUAACGUUUUGAAACACAGUGCCUUUGAGCUUCAAGGAGUACAAGUACUUUGUAUGCCAAACCAAGGAAUAGGGUUCCUGCAGAAACUAUAAUAAUAUUAACUUUUGUAUGCUUGGGUUUAUCAAUAUUAAAAUGUGUUAUAUGCAGAAUUAUUGACAAGUGUUUAACACAUGUGAUUUUAAGCCAGCUUAGUAUCAUAUCCCAUACUGCCUACAAACUAGCAUGUGUUUUCAUUGUUUUCCCUCCUUUUUCUCUCUCUCUCUCCCCCCUUUCAUUCUCUCUCACAUACACACACCCAUUGUCCAACUCAUUCUUCCUCUAGCUAUGUGUAGGAGAAUGUAGAUGUAUAAUGUUUCUGCUUCGUCCGUGUUCUCAAACAUAUUUUCAGACAAGGAAAUGUGGAAGGAAGUACGACACAUCCUCCCGACAAGACCACAAAAGAUAAGACGAGGAAAGACAGCUAGCCUUGACUCGGAGCUCUUGGACCAGACUAUCAUUCUCUGGCCAAUAUGGGUGUGCAUCGCACUGUUUUCUUGGGUGUACUAGUUGUGACUGCUACAAAACUGCUAAGCAGAAUUAUUUUGUUUGCUGAAGCUGCCACAAAUGGACCUCUGCCAACACCUGCAGCUGAAAAAGGCUUCUUUCACAACUGCAUGGAAGCCAAAAACAUGGAAUUUGAUGUAAGUAUGCUGCCAAAAGACUAUCAUCAACGCAUCAACUUCACAGUUCAGGACUGUGAGAAAGUGGACUUUGCCUUAUUUGAAGUUGGCGAGCCAAUGCAAUGGGAGAGAAUCAGUUUCAAAAGGAUUGGCAUUCUGAAACUACGACUUACACGGCUGCCUGCAACUAUAAAAUCCAUCGAGAUUGAUGGUGUGAAUUUGGAUAAGUUCACCCAAAUUAAUUUUGAGAGCACUAUAAAGAUAAAUGUACUUUCUAUCAAAAACAGCAUUAUAAAAAGCAUAAAGCAGAAUGUAUUCAAAAACCCAACAGUUUAUGACGUUAAUUUGUACAAUGUCACAUUUCAAAUGACCGCCAAUGAUGCUUUAACAUUUCAUUUUGGCGAAAAUAGUAAUUUCAGAAUUGAAAACUCUGUGUUCCAAAAUGCUGAACCACACAAUAUCAUUACUGCUAGUAGCGCUACUUACAUCAGUGUCGUGAAUACCACGUUUGCAUCAAAACUUGAUCAAAGUUCAAUAAACCUAACAGCAAGCGAAAAAAUUAUAAUACAAAAUGUGACUUUCACCCAGCUGCAUGAAAAGUCUGUCUGGUUAUCUGCACCCACUAUACAACUAACACACAAUUACUUUAAUGCAAUUGUAACUCGCAGUAUAGUCUUGGAUGGUUCUGCUUGUCUUGUCGUAGUCAACAACACCUUUCAACCAAAUGUGCAAAGCCCUAUAUUCUGUACUAAUAAUCAAAAAACUUCACUGAAAUUUUUUUGUAAUUCUUUACCAUAUGGCUCUUUAGAUAGUAAUGCAACAGGUUGUAUGAUGGACACAACUGAACAUCUAGCAUCAAAAAAUGAUACUUUUUGUGAACUUUUAAGCUUGAAUAAAUGCAAUAAAUGUAAAAAAUGUGAAAUUGGCAACCCUAACAAUGAACAUAACAUAAACUCUUCAGUUACUGCCUCACAUAACCAGCAAACUGAGCCAACUACAAACAAAAUGUUUAAUACUGGAAGUUUUAAGCACGUAAGUAUAGUUAUUUUAAUUGUAAAAGUAUCCUUGCUGAAGAUUUUUUGGCACUGAAUUAUCAAAGAUCAAGCAUGAAAAUAUUAUUUUAGUUCAAAAAUUGAAGACUCAAUAAUAAAGGAACUAUAACCUUAAAACUAUGAACCCAAAACUAUGUGAACAGUAUUGGUGAAGAGGGGGAGGCAAAGAAAGUUCAAAUAGUUGAUUAAGUGGCAUAAAGAUUAUGGUAAUAUAUUGACGUUGACCAGGGCUACACCUUCUCUUAAGCCUGUUCUGCCUUGCCCCACUUUAUGCCCUCUCUCCGCCCUUUAACAUCCUCUAUUGCCCAACAAACAUUUCAAACCUCCCACCAUUGUGUGUGUGCUAGUCCGUCACCACAAGAGGCUUAGAUAGAGUUGGUGCCACAUCCCACAUAUUAUUAUAAUAUUUUUAUUGAUUUUAAUGUAAAUACAAGAACGGAGUUGGUCCAUGUGCCGAGUGUACUAAAUGCACCCCACUCAGGGGAAAAUUUAACAAACUAAAAUUGUUCCAAUGUGUUUCUUAAAAUUACGUGCGUGUUUUAAAGGGUUUCAAUAAAAUACUUUUUAUUGUAAAGAGGCACAUUCAGUAAAGCCCCUCUUACCAGAACCUAUCGUUAUUCUUUUGAGUGAUCAUGUGUUCGACAGCAAGACUGAGGCAUGUGGGAUGCCCAAAGAGCCUACUUAGUUACCUUCUAUAUUCACAAUAUUUGUUGAUCAAAUGUAUUUAUGGGGAGAUUUCAAGCUUAGCGCCACAUGGACCAAGUCACAGCCCUGAGUAAGUCAUAGCUGGAUCCACGUGCCCCUUCACGUGCAAGGGCGCCUUGCAGACAUACUGCCAUCCGAAACCCUCAUUUACAACUAGGCAGUACAUACUCUAGACUGAAAAGAUAUAAAUGUUUGGGUUAGUGUUCCAUGUGACACCACAAACCCUCCAUGACGUAAGCCACAACAGCAACAACUAAAAGGACUCUGGGCACAGUAGCACUGCUGAGAUGUGAGAAGCUGUCUUGACUACAGAAAGUUGAGGGUCUUGUAGACCAAAUGGAACAAGACCUCAAAUUCACACUACAGGAAAAAGGAGGAUUACCGUAUGUUACAUCCAAAACGCUAGCACGGCAGCGGAGUGCUGUUUCUGGUCGCCAACAUUAGACACCCUCCACUUCCGGCCCUUGUUUCAACUAACAGCAGCUCCGACCUGGAUACUGGCGAGCAUUCGGGGCUACCAUCUGUGAUCCCACCAGCUAGAAGAGUUCUCACUCCAGCAAUGCAAUGUAUUGUGGAUGUUUUACAGCCAGAGGAUCUGUCCUGGUCCAACCUCAGAGCAGCGAAAUGCUCGGGUUGUUUGUAAGUCUCUCUUGUGAAUGCCUGAUACCACCUCUUCCUCGAACCAGCACAUACACUGCAUGUGACCCCUGGUGAACAUGUGUGGAUCAUGCUCGCCCGGAGGACGGACAACUACACAUCUCCAAGAAGUGUGCACUAACAGUGAAGCAACCUUGCCAUCAACCCAACCCGACAACACCUUACAUUAAAUACUGGUGUGGUGGAUUUCCCCCCCCCCCCCCCCCCCAACAACAAUUUUGAAUUGCAACAUUUUGCUAUGUAACUGACAAUUUAAAAAAUUUUACUUAGUGUCACAAUUCAUCUGACUAAGUUUUAUUGCCCUAGAAAAUUUUCAUGAACAAUGUAGUCCAUGUUAUCAUACCUUUGCCAAUCACUGCAAGUGAAAACUUUAGUAGUAAUAUAGUUGUGUAAACAUUUGUAUCUCAAGCUUCUAAAUUAUUUUAUGCGGAGAAUGUUUUCCUUAUCUCCAAAGCUCAUUACAAAAUGUUUGGUCAAGUGGUGAAAUGCCUCAGAGGUGAUGAAAAGACCUCGAGUUUGAUCCCCAGUUGGGUCGGAGAUCCUUUCCAGAAUGAAGUGUUUUGUUCUUUUAUCUCCAUGCCACAAACACAAGUGCUUACCACUGCAGAACCACCAUAAAGGCAUUCCCUCCUCCAUCAUGGUUACCAGCACCAUCACACUGCCUGGGGGUCACCAUGCUUAACUCGGACCAACAUGACUCAUCUUCACCAUCACUCAUUGCUACAACUCAAUAAUCACAAUUGUGUCCCUUCCUUCAUAUGUAUGUAUUUUAAUAUAAGCCACGUGAAUUGUUAAUGCUUUGUGCUGAAGUAAUAAAAAAAAUGCAGCAUGUUUUUAAUUUAGAGGAAAAUUGAUGUGAUGUAUAUAGUAGUAGUAUGUGUGCAUAAGUUUUGCUACAACAUUCAAAGAUUUUAGUGUUAAGAAUAUCUAUGUUGUGUAAAAAAUGAUAACAAGAAUACCUUGAGCUAAUUUUAUUCACGUGCUGCUCCUGGUCUUAAUGUGUUGGUGUUACAGCCAAAAAUAUCUCGCACAUAUAAUAUGUGAAAUUAAACGUAAAUUCAUGUACAAACAAUUAACAAAUAUUUAAUCAAUAGAGACAAGAUUACAUACUAUGUGUACGGUUUAGUUCUUGUACCAUUUUUAGAUUUUCAAAGGAGAAGAUUUUUGUGUUUCUUAUUGUUUUUAUUUUGAUGUUCUGUUUAUUCAUAAAUAUAAUCAUAUUACUCAACAAAUACAACACUAAAAGUUUAUUAGUACUUAUUUCACCAAAAGGGAGUAGUUUUGGGUGUGAUCUAUGAUGCAUUUUUAUAAUAAAAUAAUUUAAAUAAGGCAUGUCUCGGAAAUAAUUUUUUAAAGUUUAAACAAUAUAAUUUAGCAAGCAUUUGUCUGUUUGAAAAAUGUAACAACUAAAAAUCAGUAACAUCAAAAUAAGUUAAUAAGAGAUACAAGAUGAAACAAAGUAAAAUUAAUUCUAUUUCUAUCUAGUAUUUGGUUCAUACAUUUAGGUGCAUAAUACCUACAAAAUUAAUUUAUUUUAAUAUACAAAUAUCUAAGUUCUGUUAAAUCACUGAUUCAUUUCUUGAUAGUAAUUACAUUUUGAUAUUAUACAAGAUAUUUUUAGGUAGUAGGUAGUGUUUUGUUUUUAUUGCAAUUCAUCAAAAAUCUUGUCUAUGCAUUACUUUUUUUUUUGUGAACUCUAAUAUUCAACCAAAUGUUUUGUGUAAUGUAAGUUUAGAUUUAUUUAUUUGUAAUAUAAUACUGUUUCACCAUAUUUUAUUUUAAUUUUACUUUUACUUGCUGAAUACUGCAAAUAACCAAUGAUCAUAAAAAUAAAAUUAAAAAUCAAAAACAUACACUAAAAAAAAAAAAUUUGUUCAAAUUAAAACCAGCUCUAAUAAUGUGUUGUACUUCGUCUGUGAUUCCUAAAAAUAAUAUUGGGUUGUGAAUUAAAUUUUCUAAUGGAAUGUUUUUUUUUUUUUUGUAACAAUGAGUAUCAAGGACUUAAUAAUUAGAAAUAAACUGAUGUAAAAUAAUUAGUUUUUAGUUUUUGAUUUAAAUCUCUGACCAUAACUAUGAAGUAUUAUUGAUGUAAUAAAAAAUGGUAAUUUAAGAAUAAUUAUAUUUCAGCUACUUAAAUAUAAAGUGUGGCCAGUAAUUAUAAAUGUUGGUUGUAGUAUAAGGUACUUAUGGUGGUAUCCGGGUAUCGUAACAGCUCUAAGAAAAAUACAACUUUCUUGUUUUCAAAUAUAUUCUGUCUUUAUGUUCUUAAUUGGAUAUUAUAAAUAACUUCUAUGCCUA